CACUGGUCCCUUAGGUACAUAGUGUCCCAAGGAGAGUACUUUGUAUGUAGAGCACUUUACAGCUCUCAAAGCAUUCUCAAAUGGAUCCUGGUUUUUAAGGAAAAUGAGAAAGCAUGGAGAAUGUUAUUUCUAACUUGGGUUAUUUAUAUAUUGUUUGUGAAAAUGUGUGAAAAACUCUAAAGAAAAUAAGACAUUUUUCCCCCUUGCUUUAAACAGAAAAGUAAACAAGGUUCUUCUAUCAACCUCUCUACCUCCAGCCCUCCUGGCUUCAAAAACUUCUUUGCUAACUGCCAAAAUCUGAAACCUAAGAGGUGUUUUGAGAAUCUAAAACCUUGUGGUGUUCUUUUAGGUGAGGGGCCCUCCCCUGGGAUUAUCGAUCUGUUUGGAAGUGGUGGUGGCUUUGUGAAUAUCGGGCCAGUCUCCUGGCUGGACACGGUUUUGCUGUGCUUGCUCUGGCUUAUUUCAGAUUUGAAGACCUCCCUGAAUAUUUGAGUGACACACACCUGGAGUACUUUGAAGAAGCUGUGGACUUUAUGCUGCAGCAUCCAAAGGUGAAGGGCCCUAGUGUUGGGCUUCUUGGUUUCUCCAAAGGAGGUGACCUGUGUCUCUCAAUGGCUUCCUUCUUGAAGGGCAUCACAGCCACUGUACUUAUCAAUGCCUGUGUGGCUAACACAGUAGCUCCUCUGUAUUACAAGGAUAUGAUGAUUCCUAAUCUUGGCAAUGACCUAGGAAAACUAAAAAUCACUGAGUCAGGAUAUUUCACAUUUUUGAAUGUUUAGAACAAUCCACUGGAGGAACCUGAUCAACUAAGUCUUAUUCCAUUGGAAAAGGCCCAGGGUCCCUUCCUAUUUAUCGUUGGCACAGAUGAUCAUAACUGGAAGAGUGAACUCUAUGCUCAUAUAGCCUCUGAAAGAUUACAAGCCCAUGGGAAAGACAGACCCCAGAUAAUCUGCUACCCAGAAACGGGUCAUUGUAUCGACCCACCUUAUUUUCCUCCUUCUUUAGCCUCUGUGCACUCAGUGCUCAACAAACCAGUAUACUGUGGAGGUGAGCCAAGAGCUCACUCAAGGGCACAGGUGGAUGCCUGGCAACAAAUUCAAGCUUUCUUCCAUAAACAUCUCAAUGGUAAAAAAUCUGUCAAGCACAGCAAAAUAUAACAUUGUAGCUACAGACCACAGAUCCCAUUAAUAAAAAUCCUAUUCAUACAA